UGGCAGUCCUUCGUGUCUCAACGUGUUCUUCGGCGAGUAUCACAAGCCAGACAUCGGGUUGAGAGCUUUCGGCUUGGGUGUGAUGAUGGGAGAACGGACGUCCCCGAGGACUCUGUUGCUCCUCCUCGUAGGCGUCUUCGUGUUCCACCUCGCCUCGACCCUCGAGCAUGACCUCAGCCCUCCUUGGACAUCGGGCCUUCAACCUCCGACACUGUCUGACUCCUGUCUAUGGAAGGAUAGCAGAAAAGAUCAACUGCAUCAGAAAAACAGUCCCAUAAAACCUGAUACUCAAAACACAGAAGUAAACCAUCUUAGUUCCCAGCGCUUAGGAGGACAACGCCUUCAGAGAACCAAUGAAGAGCGCCAGUGGCCCUACAGGCAGUUAGCUUCACGAAGAGCUUCUGAAGAACGUCUAGAUUCCAGGAGAGUUUCUGAUGAACGACGUCUGGAUUCCAGGAGAGCUUCUGAAGAACGGCGUCUUGAUUCCAGGAGAGCUUCUGAAGAACGUCUGGAUUCCAGGAGAGCUUCUGAAGAACGACGUCUAGAUUCCAGGAGAGCUUCUGAAGAACGACGUCUUGAUUCCAGGAGAGCCUCGGAAGAACGUCUUGAUUCCAGGAGAGCUUCUGAAGAACGACGUCUGGAUUCCAGGAGAGCUUCUGAAGAACGACAACGACGUCUGGAUUCCAGGAGAGCUUCUGAAGAACGACGUCUGGAUUCCAGGAGAGCCUCUGAAGAACGUCUAGAUUCCAGGAGAGCUUCUGAAGAACGGCGUCUGGAUUCCAGGAGAGCUUCUGAAGAGCGACGUCUUGAUUCUAGGAGAGCUUCUGAAGAACGACGUUUAGAUUCUAGGAGAGCUUCUGAACAAAGUCUUGAUUCCAGGAGAGCUUCUGAGGAACGACGUCUGGAUUCCAGGAGAGCUGAAGAACGUUUAGAUUCCAGGAGAGCUUCUGAAGAACGACGUCUUGAUUCUAAGAGAGCUUUUGAAGAACGUCUAGAUUCCAGGAGAGCUUCUGAAGAACGACGUCUUGAUUCUAAGAGAGCUUUUGAAGAACGUUUAGAUUCCAGGAGAGCUUCUGAAGAACGACGUCUUGAUUCCAGGAGAGCUUUUGAAGAACGUCUGGAUUCCAGGAGAGCUUCUGAAGAACGACGUCUGGAUUCCAGGAGAGCUUCUGAAGAACGACGUCUGGAUUCCAGGAGAGCCUCGGAAGAACGUCUGGAUUCCAGGAGAGCUUCUGAAGAACGACGUCUGGAUUCCAGGAGAACCUCGGAAGAACGUCUAGAUUCCAGGAAAGGCUUUGAGGAACGACGUCUAGAUGCCAGGAGAGCCUCUGGGGAACGUCUGGAUUCCAGGAGAUCAUUUGACGGACGACAAUUGGAUUCUAGAAUACUUGUGAAAGGAAACCAUUUGGAUUGUGCAAACGAACAUUCCAGGAGGACCUCCAGAGAACAUCAAACAGGAUUGAGAGGACUUUCCGGUGAUCACUUACAUGGAGGCUUGAGGUUGAAUAAACUCGAUUUCUCGAUUCACAAGAUUCCCGACCAGUCGGAUACAAUAACCUUCUCUGCCAAGCGUGCAUCUCACAGUAUCAUUGAAAACGGAAAGGAAGAAUGGAGUACCAGUGACAUGGUGGUGAAGGGACUAUGGACGGGUCUGGCAACACUCGCUCUCUACCACACUCGCCACGCUCCGGUCUCCAAACUCACUUCCUGCUGAAGGGCUACACGUCCUCCCCUCCGCUCUAUAAAAAACAUUCAAUCUGCAUAAAACGAAAGUUAGAGAAAGCUCUAAUUACCUCGUUAUUUUGCUUACUCACUAUCACCUGACGAAAUGAGACUUUAAGUGAUACCA